CUUUGUUCCAGCAACAAGAUAAGUCAAACGCAAGCAGAAGUCUCAAAACGACCAUCAACAUCUUCUGAAGCAUCAUCAAGUGAAGCUCCUUCUGCCACAUUUUCUCAUCAAAAAGAACAAAAAGGCCAGAACAAGAAAAGGGACGACUCUCCUGCGAACGAUAUCACCAUGGGCAACGCUACGAGUACGACCCACCAAGCCUGUUGUGGCGCGAAUCGCAAGGCAGGAG